AUAAACAUCGUCUGCUGAAACAAGAUGGCAGCUGACAAAACCCAUGGGACGAGGCUAGUGAGCCUUGCAAAAUUGUAAUUUUUGCUGUAAUAGAGGUCACCACAUCCACAUCCACCACAUCAUCACUAACCAUGGCCAGGUGCCUCAGAGUCCCAUAUCGGAAACUGUUCAUGUUAGUUGUUUUGUUAUACGGGUUACUUUUGGGAGCAUUGCUUUUUGCAUGGAAGUCAUAUGGGACCGUCCCCCUGCGGGAUUUUCUAAUCGACGGCCACGCUGUUGUCAAGGUUGGCAACCUUGUCCAGAAAGUCAGGGUGGCUGUGCAAUCAGGAAUAAUUAACAUAGCGCAACCUGAAGUUCAGAGAGAAUGUGAUAUUAAACACAAAGUAUCGUUCAUGAAUCGGACAAUUAUCAUAAAUCAGGACCCGGUUUGCGGCUGGUUGAAAGCUGCUAGGAUUGAGAGCCAGGGUCAGUUUGUGAAUUUCGGCAGUCUGUUUGCCCGACUUCAUAAUGUGAUCAUUGACCCUUCGUUAGGCGUUGGUAGAAAAGGAGGAGAAUCCAUCUCCUCUGUCCUCAACCAACGAGAAGAGGAGGAGUAUCUGAACUUGAAGAAAGGGUACUUCAGUUUAAACUGCGACACGCCUCCAGGUUUAGGAUUCGGUGGCAGAGAUCACCUUCUGAAUUGGAACAAUGUCGUAAGCUGUAAAAAAGACAGGACAGAGACAAAGCGAGUGAAAGGAAUGACUUUAGCUGUGAUGAGAUACGAAUAUGUCAAUCUUUAUCACACAAUGACUGAUUUUUAUAACGCUUUCUUGAUGAUGUUGGUGUUUGAUCAGCACCCGGAUAAUAUGACAGUGCUGUGGGUAGAUGCCCACCCUCAAGGCGGCCUAGACGAAACAUGGAAUGUGCUGUUUGGGGAGACUAAGAGGGCAGGGCUUUUAGAGGCACCCACGCAGUUUGAUGAUAUGGUGUGGGGUAUUAUGGGUUACAACAGUCCCUUGAACUUUCAUUACACACCAUUUGUGCCGUACCUGGGACUGUUUCGAGAAUUCUUCCUUUCUCGACACAAGGUCAAAACCAGUAAGCAGUUAAACUGCCAUAAACUGAACGUCAUGUUCAUUUGGAGAAGGGAUUAUGUUGCGCAUCCGCGAAAUCCAAAAGGCUUAUUAAAAAGGAAAAUUACAAACGAGGAUGAGAUCAUUGCAAACUUGAACACCAUCCUCCCAGGUCACAAGGUCACGGGUGUGCAACUUGAUAUGCUGCCCAUGAAACAACAACUGGAGCUUAUUUCAAACACUGAUAUUCUACUAGGUAUGCACGGUGCUGGCAUGUCACACACGCUCUUCCUUCCCAAACAUGCCGGUGUUCUGGAGUUUUACCCAAUAUACUGGAGCCAGGCUAAUCAGCAUUUCCGGGCAAUGGCGUCGUGGCGUGGACUUCCGUAUCAAACAUGGCAGAACUAUGAUGGCCCACACGAGAAGGAGAAUUACUUCACUUAUAUUCCCCCUAAAACUGUUAAUCAAAUGUUAUUGGAGGUCAAAGGCCAAAUCUGUCCCCCCAGUAGCAGGUGAUUUUUGGUUGUUCGUUAAAUUGUUCGGCUGUUAAGAUAAAUAUGUGUUCUUUAUUUGG